CGUAUCCAAUCAAUGUAUGAUUUCCCCCGCGUUGAUUUUGUCGUGGGCUGUCAGAUAACUACGAUCGUGGGUUUAAUUGACAUCUCCAAUUAUGUGCUCCCAAGUACAUAAAACUAUUGAAUAAGCAACAUACGGUUCGUCAUCAUUGAAUUAAAGUGGUGACGAUUUAUCUACAAAAUUAUCAUCAUGCACUUUGUGAAUUGUGAUCGCAUAGUUUUUUCAGAUGCUUCUAUGCACUAUACUUAACGAAUGUACAUUAACUUGCACAUAUUGUCAUCCCUCCCUAAUGGCGGGGUAUUGUCACAACUCACAACUCACAGCUAAUUCCACUGUUGAAGAAAUGAAGAACCUCAGUCCAGUCCUCAAGCCCUUGGUGGGUCUCGGCCCAUUUUUGUCAGGAAAAUUCUGGGAUCGUUGAAGGUUGAUGGGCUAACGGUAUUAGGGGCCCAACAACGAAACUAGAUCUGCUUUUCCCCCUUCCCUAUCCUACGGUGGAGACUGGAGAGUGGAGAGCGAACAAUAAGCAGACGCCGCAUCGUCGAAUUCUCUCGUUCCGUCCUCGCCGCCUCCGUCCGUUCGUCUCUCGCCGCCGCUUUCUCCAACGCUUCCUUCUCUAAAUUCCUGCUAAAUUCCUCAACUCCCCGUCGUCACCGGAUUUUUUCGAGGUAAGAUCCGCUCUCCCUUUCUCUGGCCUCACUUCAAUCACUUUGAUGGUGUAAAAGUAUUGAUCGGUCUAAUUGCUAGUUUUAUAGGGUUUUAGUUAAUUGCUCUUCGUCGGCCUUUCGUGGUUCUAGGUUUUCAGAAUCCUUUCUACUUGAGUUUACAAGGAAGUAUCGGCGGCUAUUUCUAGUUAAGCGUCAAAAUCACCAAGUCUGUUGUGGGUUUGUGCUGUUUGUUUGUUUGUUCCUGUUGUCUCGGUCUCUAUUUCACCCUGACCAUUUCUUGUUAUGGCAUUGUGCUGAACUUCUUUGAACUGGUUGCUUACUAGCUACCUCGGUCGUGUUGGUAACUUGUGGAUGAUUUACAAAGCGAUAUGGUGCUACACAGAACUGCCAUGGUUAUGCUCAGUUGCUUUGUGGUCUGCUUAACUGAAAAAAUUGUUUUUCUUGGUUCCUCUGGACAACUAGCUAGACAUUGAUUUAUGUAGUGUUAGAUGAGGCUCUACAACAACCAAUGUGGAGAGGUUUUUAGUUUUCCUCUUGCCUCUGCUGAAGGUUUAGUGUUGCACCAUCCUGUGUGAUUUCGCUGUGAGCGCGAGCUCUUUGGUCCAUGAGAAUGAUCGAUCUUGAUGAAUUUCAUUUUUGAGCAGUGGUCUUUCUGGUUUCUCUCGGUGGGUUACUCUAAUUACAAGUAGCAAACUGCAGAGUUGAUUCAACAUGCCAAAGAAGGGAUCUUUGAAAGCACCUUCAAAACCUCAAGAAUCAUUUGACGGAAAAGUACAGCAGGGAAAACCUACCAGUGCAAAGAAACAGCCUGUGGUGAACGAAAUUGACGAAAUUUUUGCUGGGAAGAAGAGGAAAGUCCAGAGCCAAGGCAAGUCGGAUGGGGUGAAUCAAAAUGAAUCUUCUGUCACGAAGAAGAAGAAGAAGCCGGUGAAUGAAAUCGAUUUGAUCUUUGCUGGGAAGAAGAGGAAAACCCAAAGCCAAGAAAAGGUUGAUGGGACGAACCCAAAUGAAACGAAGAAAACGAACCUUACAGACAAGAAGGGGAUGAAGAAGAGAAGCGUCGAGGAUCAAGAGAGAAGAUUUGCAGAUAGGCCUGGUAAUGGCCGGAGAAAAACUGCAGAUGGUCUUACCAUUUACACGGAGGAAGAAUUGGGUCUCAGUAAAUCUGAAGGUGGAGGUUCCUCACUUUGCCCAUUUGAUUGUGAUUGUUGCUUUUGAUCAUGGACACAUGGUAACACCUUUUUACUUGAUCAGUUUUGUCGAUGUUAAAACACAGUUGUUGGUUGGUUGGUUUGAGCUUUCUCUUGCUGUCUGUAGAAACACUUGUCUAAUUAAUUUGGUCGUAUCUAGAUCUCAAAGCAGAAACAGUUGAAUGUGUAAGUGAAAAUGUUGAGUGGUAAGGCUCUCAACUUCAGCAAUGAGAUUAAUUAGAUUGGUUCCAGUUCCAACGAUCAGAUCCUCCACAAAUCCGAAAAUGGAAUCCCUUCACACCCUGUAUCUUAUCCAAUUCAAUUAUCAUCUUCUUCUUCUAACGAUCUACGAAAUCGGAGUAAUCAAGCGGUACUGGAGUUGGUAGCGAAUUCGAGGGCAGAUGAUGAAGGCAAUGAAGAAAUGGACUAACGAAAUCAAUCGCCAUUGAUGGUGGAUUUUGCUUUGAGGCACCAUGUUACUCUAGUACAUCAGAAACGGAGCUUAAUUAAUGGCAUGAUCUGAU